CCCAAUAUUCGUAUCCACACGUGCACCCCUCAAGCCCAAAGCAAGCAAGAAGCAAAGCCACGAGUUCCAGCAGCACCAGAUACAUCACACAUCAUACACAGGCAUCAUGGCAGACCAGCAGGCCAAGAUCAUCAAGCAAGUGGAGUACUACUUCUCCGAUCGCAACUACCCUCGUGACAAGUUCAUGCAGGAGACUGCAAAGAAGAGCGACGAGCAAUGGAUCCCGCUUUCCACCCUCCUCACCUUCAACAAGCUGAAGACCAUCACUGAGGACCAGGACGAGGUUGUUGCUGCUCUCAAGGAGGCGCCAAACUCGGUCCAUUUUCAGCUCAACGAGAGUGGGGAUGCCAUUCGCCGCAACCCUGCCAAGCCCAUUGCCACACAGGAGGAGCUGGACCAGCGCACCAUCUACGUCAAGGGCUUCGACCCCAAGACAAUCAACGUGGACACCGUCGCGUCUUUCUUCAAGGAGAAGGGGUUUGAGCCCGAGCACGUGCAGAUCCGCAAGCAGUUCAAGACAAAGAAGAACAAGCCCUCUGCCUUUGUGCAGUUUGCCACCCCUGAGGUUGCCAAGCAAGUCGUGGACACCCCACUCACGCUUGACGACAAGGACGUCGAGAUGCACAUGAAGGUCGACUACCUCGAGAUGAAGUCUGCCAUGCGCAACGAAUACCGCCAGAAGAAGAAGCAGGACCAAGAAGAGGCGCAGAAGUCGAAGAUGCGGGAGACAGUGACGGCAGUGAUGGACAAGGACUGCGUUGUGCAUCUUGCUGGCGUGCCGGACGACACCUCACGCGAGGACCUCAAGGACGUCUUUGAGGAGUUUGGCGAGGUCGCCUGGGUCGACUUUGCCCGCGGCGAGACACAGGGGUACGUGCGGUACAAGACGAGCGGCUCUGCUGCUGCUGCUGUGAAGGCGGUGCAGGAGCGCGAGACAGAGAUCAACGGCAGCAAGCCCGAAGUCAGGAUGCUCCAGGGCGAAGAGGAGACGGAUGUGAGAAUGUGUGAGCGCGAGUGA